GACCCAAAAGAGAUCAAGAUGCCAGGGGAUGGUGCAUCGUGAAACAGAGGAUGGCUCUCCAGACCGCCACCAGCAGGAUCACCUGCAGAGUUCACUGGCCAGACUCGAACCGGACCACAAGCAGAGAGAUUCUCAUACCAGCUGACUACAUGAGGUCCUGCUCUCUCAUCACCGAAGUCACUGUUGGGACCGUUGUGGUUCUAGCUCUAGCGUGUGGAUUGGUUGGCUUCUUAUUUAAGAUGUGUGACAAAUGUGCAGCAGGACAAAAACAGUCAAUGAGUAGGGAGGAGUUGAGGGACAGUACAGAGAGACAUACCUUUGAAAGUCAACUGCUCAUGAAACGGGAAGAUGUGGCUGACAACAAGGCAAACAGCAAAGUUGAGGAGCUGGAAAAACAGGUGGAUGAGCUCAAGUCAAAGCUUCGUGAAAAGAACAAGAACAGUUUCAGGUCUCAGCCAGGCCCCGUCCAGCACAACCAGCCAACGCUUCCUUCCAAAUUGUCACCGGAUGUGUUCAAAUCCACCACCUCAACCAAUGACCACAUCCCAAACUCAACAAUCUCAGCUGACAACCAUCCAACAUCUGCCACCGUACCCCGCAACGAGGGUCCGAACCCUGGCAUCCAAAGAAUUCGUCGUAGAAACAGCAGUCCACCUAUGCUCUGUGCCAACACUGCAACGUCCUUGAGUUCUUCAGCCAGCACCUCAAAAAGAAAUCGAUGUAGUGUCAGUGGUUUUAUAAACACGUCUUAUGCUGAUCCUGAUCCAGUCCACGCCAAGCUUCAGCGUAAGCGCUCCUCAGGGUGUAUGUCACCACACUUUGAUAACCAGUACAGUGUCCUGGUAGAUGUACCUGAUGAGUCUGAGCCGGACCAGUCCUCAGAGGACUCCCACUAACAUAACUGGGAUACAUGGUUGAUUGUGAUUUAGCUGAACUGAUCAUUUUAAACUUUUUCUACACGGUAUUGUAAAACAUUCUGUCUCAUUCGUCCCGGUUAGUCUUCUAACGUGCUUGGGUAAUCCGAAGGCACCCAUCCAUUAUCUAUAGGGCUUAUUCCUGAAGAGGGUCAUGGGGGUGGGCGGCAACAGAGCUCCGGCCUUUUUAUGCUGUUUAUUUAAAAGACAUUACACAAUCAAACAACAAAUACAAGAAGAAGUGAUUUAAAAUGCAGCAUGUUGUUUAUUAGCUCCAGGAUUGAUUCACUUCAGAGCUGCUCACUGAGCCGCCACAGACUUGCACCGGUGCUGGCCUUGUGGCACUUAGCCGGUAUGUACUUACCAACUUUAGCUUGGAUUCUUAGAGAGACUGAGUUCACAUCUUCGAGAAUCCAGAUGUUAACCUUUUGAUCUUUGAAAUAACCUGGGGUCAGUGUUAAAUUUGUCACUUUAAAAUUAAAUUUCUUUUGUUUUCUGUGAAAGUCUGUUGUGUGAAUGAAAGGCUUUGUUAUUUCACUACGUACCUUAUCUGCUCACUGCACAUCUGCAGGAGUUUUCCUGCUGUUUGCACAUUUCUACAGAUGCUCUGCACAAUGUACAUAUUGUAACAUAUUACUACAAGCUGUGAUUCCUGGGGUUGUACAUUGGGGUUUCUUAAUUUAAAACGUUUUUGUAUUUAUGAUGAAUUAAUACUUGUUUCUAGUCAUUGUAAUUAAAGUGACAUUUUUGUUUUAUAAGUUGGUAUUUUGUUCACUACUUUGUGAAAUGAAAUAAAGCUAUUUGUUUAGCCUCAGUUGCCUUCAUUCAUACACUGGUCUAAUGCCUGGAAACAGAUAAAGAGCGCCCUCUGGAGGAAGGAGUACGACUUUGCACUGUUUGUAUUUGCUUGUGUUUUGACCUCAGAGUUUUAGGAGUAGCUCAUAACGACAAACUCAAACAAAUAUCACUCCAAACAUCAGUUCCCAGGUUUAUGGGGACGUUUUGCCUCUUCCAGUUCACUGACUUGGUUUAACAGUCCACAGCUUUACUGGGUCUGCCCACUGCUGUCAUCCACAUAACUUCACCGUUAGCAGCUGGUUGCUGAACACACCAGAGCAUUUAAUUGGUGUUUAGAUAGCCUGAUAAUUUCCUCGGGAGUUAGUGGAGACCAAAAACACCUGAGUCAGUCAGGUGAUACAAACCUGACUCCAAACGGAUGAUGGUGUUGCUCCACACAGGCAUGAUGCUGUGUGUUAACUAUUUGUUGCACUGCCCCCAUGUGGUCAGUGAUCACAAUGCAGGAUGUUUAAGUGCAAUGCAUUUUGCAGACGGCCUUGAGGUGUUUCUCCCCAGCGGGUACCAUGACUCCCGACAGAGACUGAGGAGGUGAGGGUGGAGUUUUCAGGCAGGAAGUUCAGAGACCAGCGUCUCUGUGUGUCAGUUGACAGCGGGACAGGAUGCAGUUAACACCGUUCUGCCUGAUGCUGUCCUGCCUUCGGGUCAGCCCUGACAGAUCUCAGUUCUUCAUGUAUGAAUCCAUCUCUUUGAGUUGUGAGGAUCAGUCCAACUCCACCGGUUGGCAGGUGAAGAGGAAAACGUCGAAGGGUGGGGUCAGACCCUGUGCCUCCGGUUGGGGCUCCUCUUCCUGGGGCUCAAAGUGCAUCAUUGGGAACACCUACCCAUCGGACAGCGGGGUGUACUGGUGCGAGUCUGUGGACGGGGAGCAGAGCCACAGUGUCAACAUCACCAUCACUGACCGGACUGUAAUCCUGGAAGGUCCUACACUCCCUGUGUCAGAGGGCGACGCUGUGACUCUGCGCUGCAGCCCUAAGACGAUGGCCUCCAACAGUGUGUAUCACUUCUAUAAAGAUGACCACCGCAUCGGCAGCAGCUCCACAGGUGAGAUGACCAUUCACAGCGCUGCCAAGUCUGAUGAAGGACUCUACAAGUGCAGCGUCUCUGGAGGUGGAGAGUCAGUGAGCAGCUUGCUGGCUGUCGAAGCUUCACAUCCCUCUUCAUCCUCACCUCCACCCGCGCACUCAUGUUCGGUGUCUGGCUUCAGGCUGAUGCGUCACCUGGUGGUGGGAACUCCUUACCUGCUUUCCACCGUCCUACUGGCUCUCAUAUACAGAGACAGGAAGCGAGCUCGGGUGGUUGCAGAGAGAAGAGGCAGCAAUGAUGUCAUCAUGGAAAUAGUGACAUAGUCCAACAAACUGGGAACAGAAGUCCUGCAUUGCUCUGUACCACAGGAGAUUGACUUUAACAGCAUCGUCUUGUUGGAUUAUCUGUAGCGUCUGAUAUU